CUUGGCCAAUGAGAACCAGAGCACUUUUCCAUCAAACCUCCCUUUUCAGGAUUUGCAAAGGGGCUCCCUUCUCCAAAUGUUACUGCAACAGGAUAAGAAGCAGAGCUAACAUUGAGCUCCAGUUUAACUCGGUUUUGUUUUUGUAUCUUCAUUUUACAAGUCGGACGAAUGAAUACUAUCGGAUCCGCCAGGAUUUGGGCACAUAAUGUUGGGAUGGAGUUGCGAGACUUUGGCUCAAGGAAAGAGUAGAAGAUUCCCCGCAAACUUUGACCCCGUGGAUGCGCUUCUCUUCAUUGGAUUAUUGUUGCUUCUGCUGAAACUCGUGCCGAUUUUUCUUCUUCCUAUCGCCGUGUGCUCCGUGUUCUUGCGUGGACUAUGGCCUCGGAUCAUAGAGUCCCAGAGGCCGGUAUUUUUGGAGAUUUGCCCCCGACUUACACACGUUCUCCCCCGGCCGCGACCUCGGAUCUGCUCCGGAGACCCAGCUACUGCCAUGCUGCUUUUGCGUUAAAACAGAUUUCCAAGGGCAAGGCGGUGGGACAGAAGGCCCCGUUGUGGCUCCGGGCGCGGUUCCAGGCCCUGCUCUUCUCCCUGGGCUGUCACAUCCAGCGCCACUGCGGAAAGGUCCUCUUCAUUGGGCUCCUGGUUUUCGGGGCCCUGGCAGUCGGAUUGCGAGUUGCUGCGAUUGAGACGGACAUCGAACAGCUAUGGGUGGAAGCUGGAAGCCGUGUAAGUCAAGAGCUAAGAUACACCAAGGAAAAACAAGGAGAAGACACUAUUUUUACAUCACAGAUGCUCAUUCAGACCAACAAAAAAGAAGGUGCCACAGUCCUCACACAGGAGGCUUUGUUACAGCACCUUGAGGCAGCACUGGGAGCCAGCAAGGUGCAGGUGUCUUUGUACGGAAAAUCAUGGGACUUGAACAAGAUCUGCUACAAAUCAGGUGUCCCUAUCAUUGAAAACGGAAUGAUAGAGAGGAUGAUUGAUAAACUUUUUCCAUGCAUGAUUGUGACCCCUUUAGACUGUUUCUGGGAAGGCUCCAAACUUCAGGGUGGUUCUGCCUAUCUACCGGGAAAGCAAGAUAUCCAAUGGAUGAAUCUGGACCCAGUGCAGUUAAUGGAAGAACUGGGUCAGUUUACAUCUCUUGAAGGUUUCCGUGAAAUGCUUGAAAAGGCCCAAGUUGGUCACGCCUAUAUGGACCGCCCUUGUUUGGACCCAUUUGAUCCUGAUUGCCCAAGCAGUGCCCCCAACAAAGCUUUGCAUAAAACACCAGAUAUUCCACUUGAACUGCAUGGUGGCUGUCAUGGCUUCUCCAAAAAGUUCAUGCAUUGGCAGGAAGAACUGAUUCUGGGAGGUGUUUCUAAGGACUCCCAGAAUAAUCUGUUAAGUGCUGAAGCCCUCCAGACCAUGUAUCUACUUAUGAGCCCAAAGCAGCUUUAUGAACACUUUAAAGAUGACUAUGAAAUUCAUGACAUCAACUGGAAUGAAGAAAAAGCCACUGCAAUCUUGGAGUCUUGGCAAAGAAAAUUUGUUGAGGUAGCUCAUCAGAGUAUUUCCCAAAAUACUUCACAGAGCAUACAUGCUUUCUCCACCACUACCCUCAACGACAUUAUGAAAUCUUUUUCUGAUGUAAGUGUGAUCCGAGUAGCAGGAGGUUAUUUACUUAUGCUAGCAUAUGCAUGUGUGACCAUGUUACGAUGGGACUGUGCCAAGUCUCAAGGAGCUGUGGGCCUAGCAGGUGUCCUGUUAGUUGCUUUGUCUGUAGCAUCUGGACUGGGAUUAUGCUCUCUCUUAGGGAUUUCCUUUAAUGCAGCCACAACUCAGGUGCUCCCAUUUCUUGCUUUGGGCAUUGGAGUGGAUGAUAUGUUCCUUUUGGCUCAUGCAUUCACUGAAACUGGUUAUAACAUCCCUUUUAAGGAAAGGACUGGAGAAUGUCUUCGUCGCACUGGGACAAGUGUGGCACUUACGUCAAUAAAUAACAUGAUUGCCUUCUUCAUGGCUGCACUGGUUCCCAUCCCUGCCCUGCGUGCUUUCUCCUUGCAGGCUGCCAUAGUUGUAGUCUUUAACUUUGCAAUGGUUCUACUCAUAUUCCCAGCUAUAUUGAGCUUGGACCUGCGUAGGCGUGAAGAUAAGAGACUUGAUAUUUUGUGUUGUUUUUACAGUCCUUGCUCAAAUCGUGUCAUCCAGAUACAACCUCAAGAGUUUGCUGAUGCCAACGAUAAUCACACGUACUCACAGCAGUCUUACAGAGGCCCCACCAUUACAACCAGCACUCAGAUUACAACUACAGUCCAAGCCUUCACACAGUGUGAUGCCUCAGGCCAGCACAUAGUAACUAUCCUGCCACCAACAUCCCAGAUCUCUACCAGUCCAUCUGUGCUUGUCUCUUCCAAUUCCGACACUUAUGACUCUCAGCUCUUCAUGGCUUCAAGCUCCACUCGUGAUUUAUUGGCUCAUCUUGAUGAAUCCAAAAGCAGACGAGAGUGUGUUCCUUUGCCGUUCUUUCGAUGGAACCUUUCUGACUUUGCUCGUGACAAAUAUGCUCCUUUGCUACUGAAACCCAAAACAAAGGUGACUGUAUUAGUAAUGUUCAUGGUGCUUCUUGGGAUUAGUCUUUACGGAACCACAAUGGUCCAUGAUGGCCUUUAUUUAACUGAUAUUGUCCCUCGUGAAACUAAGGAAUAUGACUUUAUCUCGGCGCAGUUCAAGUACUUCUCCUUCUACAACAUUUACCUAGUAACAAUGGGUGGAUUUGACUAUGCCCGCUCCCAGAGACUGCUCCUUCAGUUGCACAAUAGUUUUAAUUCUGUAAAGUAUGUGGUGCGGGAUGAAAACCAGAAGCUGCCUCGGAUGUGGCUGCACUAUUUUCUUGACUGGUUACAAGGUCUUCAAACAGCAUUUGAUUCAGACUGGGCAGCUGGCAGAAUUACACGUGAAAACUAUCGUAAUGGCACUGAAGAUGGGGUGUUAGCGUACAAGCUGCUGAUUCAGACUGGCUCAAAGAAGGAACCUUUUAACUAUAGUCAGCUUACCACAAGAAAACUUAUAGAUGAAGAGGGCAUGAUCAACCCUGAAACUUUCUACAUCUAUCUAACAGUAUGGGUUAGCAAUGAUCCUCUAGGCUAUGCAGCUUCUCAGGCAAACUUUGAACCACAUCCUCCUGAAUGGAUUCAUGACAAGUAUGACACGACCGGGGAGAAUCUGCGCAUUCCUGCUGCAGAACCUCUUGAGUUUGCUCAGUUUCCCUUCUAUUUAAAUGGCCUUCGGCAGACAACAGACUUUAUAGAAGCCAUUGAAAGUGUGCGCUCAAUCUGUGAUGAGUUUUCCAAGAAAGGAAUCCUCAACUAUCCUAGUGGCUACCCAUUCCUCUUCUGGGAACAGUAUAUUGGUCUACGGCACUGGUUCCUGCUGUCCAUCAGUGUCGUACUUGCCUGCACUUUUUUCGUCUGUGCCAUGCUUUUGCUGAAUCCCUGGACUGCUGGUAUUAUUGUCUUCAUUUUGGCUAUGAUGACAAUUGAGCUUUUUGGAAUUAUGGGAUUGAUUGGAAUCAAGCUAAGUGCAAUCCCUGUGGUGAUCCUGAUAGCAUCUGUAGGGAUUGGUGUGGAAUUUACAGUCCAUGUGGCACUAGGCUUUUUGACAGCAAUUGGAAAUCGAAACCUGCGAUCCAUAAUAGCUCUAGAACACAUGUUUGCCCCAGUAAUGGAUGGUGCCAUCUCAACUUUGCUAGGUGUGCUGAUGCUGGCAGGGUCCGAGUUUGACUUCAUCAUGAGAUAUUUCUUUGCAGUCUUGACCAUAUUGACUCUGCUUGGUCUCCUAAAUGGAUUGGUCUUGCUGCCUGUGCUCCUUUCUCUGCUUGGUCCACCAGCAGAGGUCACGCCUAUGGACUCUGCCAAUCACUUGCCCACACCCUCUGCAGAACAAAUGCCACCACCGCCCAUGAAUGAACAUGAGCUGUACUCCAGAUGUUACCCAUCAAGGAGACAUGAGCAUGCGUUCUCUGAAACUUCGGAAUCUGAAUAUUACUCUGAAACCACUACUGCAUCCAGGCUAGGAGAUGAAGAGUACCAGUACUGGGACCAAAAUGCAUAUAUAAUCCCACCCAGUAAUGCACCUCCCUCCCAUAUUCUUCUGGAGGCCAGCAAGAACCCAAGCUUCCCCAAACUUACGGUUGUGAAGCCAUACAAGGAGGGGAAAGAAAUCCUUACCACGAAAGGACACUUAAAUGCACCUGUACAGACCACUGUGAGCUCUGUCAGUUCGCAGAUUUCAAGACAGGACAAGAAGCUGGACUUCCACCACGACCAGGGCCCCCAGAGGCAACAUCUAUCCUCAGACAGACCCCAAGGCCCUGGAAGGACUAAUUAUUCCAGUUCUAGUUCUCACAACAACAGCAAGCUACACCACCCCAGGACUACACUGCCUGCGUAUAGCACGGCUACCCGAAUAUCUGGGCCUAACAGUUCUGUUACCACAGUGACUGCCACCGCCUCAGUGACUGUAGCUGUGCACCCCAGCCUGCCAGGGUCAUUCACGGGCUACACACAUGAGGGCUUUGAGGACAGUGAGUCAGACUGCAUAGAAGAGCCCCUUCCACCUUCAUAUGUAGUUUCUGAAAAACAGACAGCAGCCAACAAGGUGGAUGUCUCAGAGAGUCAGGACCUGGAGUGUGACAGAAGAAACAGAGAGACCUUAAACCAGCAUUAGGUGUUGCUGUAAAACUGGCGGCCAAAGAAGCCACAAUCGUUGGUGUGAAACGCAUCGCCAACUGCGUUCUGGACACACUGGCCUUCAGAUCUGCUCUAUAAACUGUAAAUGUCCCUCAGAAAGACAAGAGAAUUUAUUUUAAAAUGGGAAAAGCUCCUGUUCAGAGAUAUAAAUAUAUAUAUGCAUAUCAAAUAUAUAUGUAUAUAUAGUAAUACUAAAAAGAGGAAAAGGCUAUUUAAGAAGUACUGUAUGACUUUGUGUAUUCUGUUUUGUAGAUAUUAUGUAAGGAGUUACAAGUGUCGCUCAUGUUUAUAAUAUUAAAGAGAUGUAUUUUAUGUAAAAUAAAAUUUAAUGAGAAUGGAUGUAAUUAUAUUUGUUUAUCAGUGUAAAAGAAAAUCAGUAUUUUUAUUUGCUGCUACUCUGUAAAAUAUAUGUGUCAAAACAGUCUCUUGCUGUUAAAGCACGCAGCAUCCCCUUCUAAAGGAAGCCCCUCAGUUGUGUCCGUAGCUUUUAGGAGUUCGCAGUCAAACUGCAGGCCGGGGACAGAAGGCCCCCAUUUUUGUUCUUGCUUUGUGUUUUUCUUUUCUUUUCUAUGCAAACUCAAGUCCUGUGCCAGAUUAACUGACCCCAGAUGCUGCCACGAAAGCUUAUGAAGUGGCCUAGCGUCUGUCUGUCCGAGUGCACGCCCUCGUGUGAUUUCCCGUCACGUGGAGGGGGCGACACUUGGCCAGACAGUUGGUUCGGAGGCCACGGCACUUGUCCUUGCAGCACUCCAGCAGUGCACGUUAAGGUUGCGUAUGUGGAGCGUUCUUGUCGUUGUUCUUAAGUCCACCCAUCCCAUCCCUCUUGUUGUCGUCGUCGUCGUUGGUUUUGUUUUGAGAUCUGCUUAUGAUAAUAACUUAUUAAAAUGAAGAGGCAUUACCUGCCGGUGCCCUGUGAAAGCUCAGAGCACUUGCGUUUUCACCGGACGUUUUCCUUCGGAAUCACUUGUAAUGUCACCAGCGUAGAGGAGCUAAAAGAGAGUCGGCUCAGUUGUAGGGCUGCGGACGGCUGCUUUGUGUCCUUUUUCCACGUUUUGAGUCUGAUCUGUAGACAACUUGAUCUGUCUUUGUAAUACUUGAAGCAACCUGACUAAGUGAGUGUAGUGGGCACGGUUGGCAUCUUCUUAUUCACAUCAGUUUUGGGGUUCCCUUCCUUUGUGGGUAUUAUGCAAUAGUUCACUAAACGUUUUUUAAACAAAAAGGGAAAUGAAAUCGCGAAAGGGAGUGUGUGUGUGUGUGUGUGUGUGUGUGUGUGUGUGUGUGUGUGUGUGUGUGUGUGUGUGUGUGUGUGCUCAGCCUUAGCGCAGAGGCUUUGCCCAGUCGCCACAGCACAUUUAUUUGGUCAAGGGUGCUAUUUCUCUUUGAAAUAUUAUGUAGACCUCAUGCAAGCCAGUAUUUUUAAAUAUAUAUUUUGUUGUAUUUAUAUGUUUAUUUUAUUUUCUUGGGAAAAAUUAUUGCAGUAUUGGUCACAUCACUGCCAGUUUAAAUGCAGGGAGUGUUUUGUAAAAUUUAAAUGGCAGCUUUUUUUUUUUUUUUUGUAAAUAUGUGAAAAGGGAAGAAAAUGUAAAAUAUAAAUGAAUAAAAUAAAUGCAGCUACUGUAGUUUGUUUUUUUGAUAAAGUGAGAAAAGGUCUAUAUAAACUUGUCAAAAAUCUGAAAUUGUUUUUGUGGACUUAGAAGGAAAGGGGAACAGGGCAGGAUUUGAUGUAGUAUUAUUGAAAGUGUUUGUUAUGCCAUCUAAAUUAUUUAUAUCAAAUUUUUAUUUUUGUAGUUUGUACAGAAGUUAGCCAUUUGACUGAAGUUUUAUUUUUAAAAGAGUAAAUAUAAAUAUAUAUUAUAUAUAUAUUAUAUAAUUAUAUCUAUUUGUUCCUUUUUGUGGGAGGGAGUGUUGGAAGGGGAGGGUGUGAGAGGUUCUGCUGUAUCCGUGGAGACCUGGUGCCUCAAUGCAUACCAUAAUGUACUUAGCACAUGACCCUCAUGUUCUGUACCCUUUCUAGGAGAUGAACUAACAAAAUAAAUUAAGUGAAUAAGGGAA